AUGAAGAAUGGUCCUUCAUUCUCAUAUGACGAAACCGUGCAGAAAAAAAAUUAUGAACGGGUUUGCCCCCCCGCCGCCGUCACUGCGGUCCACCGAUACGUGGCCUUCAAGAUUCACACUCUACCGUCGGAUUCCUUCGGCUCUCGCUCCCGCUAUCAACUCGGCAAUCGUCGGCGAUCCGAUCGCAAAGUCCGAGCAAGUGCCGAUGCUCUUGCGCUGGAGCCUGUGGAGGCCAGAGUUCCACAUAAUGAUUCUACAGAACUUGACUUUUUCUCAUGUCCCAUUUGCUAUGAACCACUGAUAAGGAAAGGUCCUCCAGGUCUAAACUUGGCAUCAAUUUAUAGAUCUGGAUUCAAGUGCCAGAAAUGCGACAAGUCAUUCUCCAGUAAGGAUGUCUAUCUCGAUCUCACUGUUACUGCAGGAACGACGGAAUACAAUGAAUUGAAGCCUGCCCGAACUGAGCUCUUUCGGAGCCCACUUGUAUCAUUUCUGUAUGAAAGAGGAUGGCGUCAGAAUUUCAAUCGGAGUGGCUUCCCUGGUCGUGAUGAAGAGUUUGAAAUGGCUCAAGAUUAUUUCAAGCCUGUGGCGGGUGGUUUUCUUGUAGAUGUGAGCUGUGGGAGUGGCUUGUUUUCAAGAAAAUUUGCAGCAUCUGGAUCGUAUUCUGCUGUUGUAGCAUUAGACUUUUCUGAGAAUAUGCUUCGGCAAUGCUAUGAGUUCAUCAAGCAAGAUGACAUGCUUUUAACGACAAACCUUGCUCUUGUAAGGGCAGAUGUUUCAAGGCUUCCAUUUGCAUCAGGUUCAAUUGAUGCUGUUCAUGCUGGUGCUGCUCUACACUGUUGGCCAUCUCCUUCCAAUGCGGUUGCUGAAGUAAGUCGUAUAUUGCGAAGUGGUGGUGUCUUUGUAGCAACUACAUUUCUAUCAUCUCCCUUGAAUACCCCCUUCCCUUCUGAAUCAUCGAGGCCUCUCAGACAGUUCUUUGGUCAAGUAACCAACAGCUAUGCUUAUUUUACGGAGAAGGAGAUUGAGGACCUAUGCAAGUCUUGUGGCCUCAUCAAUUACACGAGCAAAGUACAAAGGGCUUUCAUAAUGUUCUCGGCCCAAAAGCCAUGACACUAUAGUGAAAAUUCUACUAUAUACCAAAAUUUACCGGAUCAUUCUUUGUAAUUACCUGUAUAAAGAAGUUACAGUUGAAGUGUGGUACCAUAUAUGGUUUUGGGAAUUAGUUCA